AUGAGUAAGGUGAUUGUAAUCGGCUCUUCGAUAAUACUGGCCGUUGUGCUCGGCUCCCUCGUGGCAAUAGGUUUCCUGCUUGAAGAAGUCGCCGAAUUUCAAAAGGAGUUCAAAGUCGACGUGGAUGAGUUUAAUGAGAUAGUUGAGGACGCCUGGACAUGCAUUAUUUCGAAACAUUUGGCCCCUGACAAUCGAUCGAAGACUGUGAAUGUAUUCACCGAGCUCAUACAGCGUCAGUCACGAAGCGCUAUGUAUGGAGAGUGCAGGUGUGCAGCUAGAGCUGAAAAUUGUCCGGUAGGACCGCCUGGACUGCCAGGACAAAGAGGAUAUCCUGGAGAACCAGGUAGCAACGGCUAUGAUGGACGACCUGGUGCUGCAGGAGUUGCUGUGGCGGUAACGCAUGAUAUGCCUGGUGGAUGCAUCAGCUGUCCAGCUGGCCCACCUGGAGCACGUGGAGCACCUGGUCAACCCGGACCGGCUGGACCUCGCGGUGGAAUGGGAGUUCGUGGGCCACCAGGCCAUAUUGGACAUUUAGGAGAAAAUGGGCCACCAGGUGACGAAGGACCGGAGGGGCAGCGUGGACGUCAAGGCGUGGCCGGAACUCCUGGAGAGUCGGGUACGCAAUAUAUUAUGGGAAUGCCAGGUAUUCCAGGGCCACAGGGACUCCGGGGAGAACCGGGAGAACCAGGAAAACCCGGCGAAGCAGGCAAGCCUGGAUUACCAGGACCACAAGGUCGUUCUGGCCUUCCUGGAAAAGAAGGACGUCCGGGUAGGAAUGGACAGCCGGGUCUUCGUGGAGAUAAUGGAAAACCAGGAGCGGAUGCUCUCUACUGCCCAUGUCCGAAGAGACGCAGUCGCCGGCUACAAUCCACUCCUCCACAAGGCCCAGUACCGCCACAGAUUAUGAAAUUUGCACAGCGCCCAGCCCCUCCACCAAAUGCAGUUUUUGCAAAUAGUCCAGCUACUGCACAUUUGAAACAAAUGCGAAAUACUACACAAAUGCCGAUUCCUCCACAACCUCAAACUCCUUCCCCGACUCCUUCUCGUCUGCAGACGGUUCCUGCAACGCCUGCCCGUCCUCCAGUUCAAACUGUUCCUCCUACGCCAACU